UGGAACACGAGUAAGCUUUCCUAAUUUGACACAUGCAGGCUAGAAGAACUUGACAAGAUUGGAGAACUCCUGCAUCACAUUAUAGAAGAAGAUGCAAAAAAUGGUCUUGAAGAACAAGGUAAUAUAGAUAAAGAACAAGCCCCAGCAUGGGAUGACGUAGGUGGUCUCUUUGAGGCCAAAAGGAAGCUUAGAGAAAUCAUUGAUAAUUCUGUGAAAUAUUCCUUCCUGUUUAAGGAUAACCCCAAGAUGCUCAACUCUGGCAUCCUCCUCUAUGGUCCUCCCGGGUGAGGCAAGACUUUCCUGGCAUCAGCCAUGGCUAAGGACUUUAAAAUAAUUUCAGUCAAAGGACCAGAGCUGCUGGACAAAUACAUCGGAAGCUCAGAAGCCAGAGUCCGAGAACUGUUUGAAAAAGCAGAGCUAAAUAAGCCAUGAGUCUUGUUCUUUGAUGAAUUUGAUGCUCUUGUUCCGAAGAGAGGCAGUGGAGCUACAGGCGUCACUGAUAGAAUAGUCAAUCAGUUCCUGUGAUACCUUGAUGGUGUUGAAGAUACCAGGACUAAUAUCAUAAUGGCAGCAAGUAGCAGGCCGGAUAUGAUAGAUAAAGCUCUCCUGCGUCCUGGGAGAAUUGAUAAAUCCAUCCUCUGAGAUUACCCUAAUUUUGAAGAGAGAUUAGAGACUCUAGAAUUAUAUACAAAGAAGUUACGAGCAGAUGUGGUAGUUGAAGAGGACGACCUUGAUCUUUCAGUUUUCGCUAAACUAACCGAACACUACUCCUAUGCAGAUCUCAAAGGCCUUGUUUGUAACUCUCAGCUAAAAGCCAUUGACAGAUGCAUUGAGCAAGCUAGAAAUCCAGAGGAAAGUAAGGAUGCUGCUACAGAAUCAGCUCAAAAGAAUGAUGAUGAAGAAGGAAUUAUCAACACCAAUAAUAUCAAUGAAGAUAAGGUUUACUUCAAGCAGGAAGAUAUUUUAGCAGCUUUUGAGGAAAUGGGCAGUAAAGCUAAAAAAAAUACAAAAGAGCAUGUUCCAUUUACUCCAGACGAUGUGAAGAGGCAGAAACAGAUCUUAAUGUAAUAUAUAAGCAGUGAGAUUUCCAUAAAUAUGCAUC